UUUGUUGACGUUGAGUCAUCAGCUGAUCUGGAAUCGUAUUAAGUGGAACGGUGAAUUGCGAGAAGAGCUGCAUGUGAGAUUCAAGCGAAAUUCUCCGCAGUUGAGCUUAAGCUGGCUUAAGCCUCGGGCCUCGGGUAUUAACUGUAUUAUUCCGGAAUGUCGGCCGUCAAGAGCAGCAACAUGCCGCUUUGCAUGUUAUUGCUGCUGUGCCUGUUGUGCAAUGCUGCUAAUGGCUUCAUCAACCUGUACCCCAAACUCAAGACCUACCCUCUGCCUGAGGGUGCGGACGUUGGGAAUCCGUUGUUUCUUACACCCAUCAUCGAGAGCGGCGAUAUCAACAAAGCGAGAGAGCUGGCCAGCGUACAGCACAAGGCGAUGAAAGACGUCAGCAGCUAUGCCGGCUACUUUACCGUCAACAAAGAGUACAAUUCCAAUCUCUUCUUUUGGUUCUUUCCUGCACAGAAAAAUCCAAAAACCGCACCAGUAGUAGCGUGGUUCCAGGGUGGCCCAGGAGCUAGCUCGUUGUUUGGUCUGUUUGUCGAAAACGGGCCCUUCCGCGUGACCAAAAAUCUGACGUUGCAAGCGAGAAAGUACUCCUGGAACGCCAACCACAACGUACUCUACAUCGACAACCCAGUUGGUACGGGCUUUAGUUUUACGGAUAACGACUUGGGCUAUGCCAGAAACGAGACUUGCGUCGGUAGAGACGUUCACACGGCGUUGGUGCAAUUUUUCAACCUAUUCCCCGAACUCCAGCAGAAUGAAUUUUACGUAACCGGAGAAUCGUACGCUGGGAAAUACGUUCCUGCCAUCAGCCACGCCAUCAAAGACUACAACAUAAAGGCCAAAGUUAAAAUCAACUUGAAAGGUUUGGCCAUUGGAAACGGGUUCACGGAUCCUCUGAAUCAGCUGAUCUACAGUGAUUACCUGUACCAAGUUGGCCUUCUUGAUGCCAACGGCAGAGACGAGUUUAGGAAAUAUGAAAAUAAAGGUCGGGAAUUUAUUAGGCAGGGAAAGUACAUGGAAGCAUUUACCGUGUUUGAUAGAAUGAUAGACGGCGAUAUGUCUGGCGAGCCGUCGCUUUUCAAAAAUCUCACUGGCUUUGAUUUUUACUUCAAUUACCUGCACACCAAAGACUCCAACAGUUCAAAUUGGUUCGCCGAGUUUGUCCAGAAGCCGGAAAUUCGCAAGGCUAUACACGUCGGUAAUUGUUCCUACGGGCUUGAGUCAAAGAAGGUGAUGGAGUACCUCAGAGAGGACAUCCCACGGUCGGCGGCGUUCUUCGUUUCCGACCUCCUUCAGCAUUUCAAGAUACUGAUCUACAACGGCCAACUGGACAUCAUCGUGGCUUACCCGCUCACCGAAAAUUACCUGCAAAAUCUUGAGUGGCCAGGUGCUCAGGAGUACAAAAAGGCACCGAGAAAGCAGUGGUGGGUGGAAGAUCAGUUGGCCGGGUAUUCCAAGACCGUUGGUAAUCUGACCGAGGUCUUGGUGAGAGCGGCCGGGCAUAUGGCCCCCUCGGACCAGCCCAAGUGGGUCUUUGACAUGAUAACGCGUCUAACUCACCACAAACCUUUUUAGAGUUGAAGCAUUUUGCUCCGAUUGUAUUUUUGUUUUUUGUUUUUUUUUUCCUAUAAAUCUGCGACGAUGAUAAAGAACGUACGAGACGAAAUACCACAAUUUAAUAUGUACAAAUCGAACAAAGCUCUUUUUUUUGGCCAUUGAUAUACUAAACAAAAAACUUUUUUAAUCUCCAUUUUAUAAUAUUCAUAUU